AAAUGAUUGCUCAAAAUAUAUUAGCAACAAUGUCUUUCUCACAUAUGUUUACUGCUUUUCUUUUCUCUUUGAUUGUGUGUUUGGUCAUUUCUGAAUGUCACGCUGAUGUUAAUGCUAAUGCUAGCCAUAUAUCAAAAUUAGUGAUUGAUGCACGUACUAGAAGGCCUAUUCCAGACACAUUCUUUGGAGCAUUUUUUGAGGAAAUUAAUCAUGCAGGAGCUGGGGGAUUGUGGGCAGAACUUGUGGAUAAUAGAGGUUUUGAAGCAGGGGGUUCCAAUGUUUCAUCAAAUAUCAAUCCAUGGAUAAUUAUUGGAGAUAAUUCAUCAUCGAUUAUCGUAUCAACUGAUCGUUCAUCUUGUUUUGAGUGUAAUAAGGUUGCUUUACGUUCAGAUGUUCUUUGUCAAGGACAAUCAUGUCCACUUGGUGGUGUUGGUAUCUCCAAUCCUGGAUUUUGGGGCAUGAACAUUGAGCAAGGGAAAAAGUAUAAAGUGGUGUUCUAUGUUAGAUCACUUGGUCCUAUUAAUUUACAAGUUUCAUUUAUCGGAUCUGAUGAUGGAGUAAAAUUGGCUUCAACAAACAUAAGUGCUUUUGGAGUUAAUGUUACAAAGUGGAGUAGGAUGGAGACAAUUCUUGAAGCUAAUGGUACAAAUCAUAAUUCAAGUCUACAAAUAACAACAAGCAAUAGAGGGGUAGUAUGGUUAGAUCAAGUGUCAGCUAUGCCCUUGGAUACAUAUAAGGGUCAUGGUUUUCGAAGCGAUCUUUAUCAAAUGGCGGCGGAUCUCAAGCCAAAAACUUUUAGAUUCCCAGGUGGUUGUUAUGUAGAAGGAGAUUAUCUGAGAAAUGCAUUUAGAUGGAAAGAUACAGUUGGACCAUGGGAAGAGAGACCUGGCCACUUUAAUGACAUAUGGAAUUAUUGGACUGAUGAUGGAUUUGGUUAUUUUGAGGGGCUUCAACUAUCAGAGGAUCUUGGUGCAUUCCCAGUGUGGGUGUUUAACAGUGGUAUUAGCCAUCAUGAUGAAGUUAAUACGUCUGAUAUUUCACCAUUUGUGCAAGAAGCCCUAGAUGGUAUUGAGUUUGCUAGAGGUUCUUCCACAUCACAAUGGGGUUCUCUUAGAGCUUCCAUGGGACAUCCUGAGCCAUUUGAUUUGAGAUUUGUUGCCAUUGGAAAUGAAGACUGUCAUAAAUAUAACUAUCUAGGAAACUACCUAAAGUUCUAUGAAGCUAUAAAACAUGAUUAUCCUGAUAUUCAAAUUAUCUCAAAUUGUGACGGUUCUAUACAUCAAUUAGAUCACCCAGCAGAUCUCUAUGAUUUUUAUAUUUAUACAGAUUCUAAGGACAUGUUUUCCGAUUAUACCAAGUUCGAUAACGCACCAAGAUCCGGUCCAAAGGCAUUUGUUAGUGAGUAUGCUGUUUGGAAGGAAGAUGCUGGUGCUGGAAGCCUUUAUGCAGCUGUUGCUGAAGCUGCAUUUCUCAUUGGGCUUGAAAAGAAUAGUGAUAUUGUUAGCAUGGUUGCAUAUGCACCACUCUUUUUAAACACAAACGACAGAAAGUGGAUACCAGAUGCAAUUGUUUUUAACUCUUAUCAGAAUUAUGGAACUCCAAGUUAUUGGCUACAACAACUCUUUAUUGAAUCUAGUGGAGCAACAUUGCUUAAUUCAACUCUUCAAAAUUCUUCUAGCUCAAUUGUUGCAUCCGCAAUUGAGUAUAAAAAUUCUCAAGAUGGGAAGAAUUAUCUAAGAGUAAAGGUAGUCAACUUUGGAAAUGCCACUGAGAACUUCAUGAUUUCAAUAAAUGGUUUAAAUUCAAUUGUUCAAUCGUCUAAUUCAUCAAUGGUGGUGCUUACGUCCUCCAAUAGAAUGGAUGAGAAUUCCUUCUCGGAGCCAAAUAAGAUUGUGCCCCAAAGAACUGCACUUGGAAAUGCAAGCAAUGACAUGGAUGUUAGACUUCCUCCUUAUUCAGUUACAUCAUUUGAUCUAUCAAUCUAAAAUACGAUGGUUGGAUGUUGUUUUGUAUUUUGAAAGAAGGGCGUAAUGUUGCUUAGAGUCGAAAUUGGGAGAAAUGUAUACAUUUCUCGGUUCAAAAAAUGUAUAUAUUUUUAUUUCAUAAAUAAAUUAUUUCACCUUUUUGUACCAACUUUUUUUAUUUCUCCUUUAUCUUAAUGUUGAUAUUCACUA